AUGUCCGAGCAGAUAUUUAUCCUUUUCCUUCUUUGGAGUUUGAGGGUCGCUGACACAACAACCGGCUCAUGGAGGCAGUGCGCAGACCUGCCACCCCUGGAUCUUCUGUCCUUUGUUCUCGAGAGGGACACCUCCAAACUUGUGUCCGGGGUGCAUGUGGAGCAGUCGGAUGGGGUGAGGGGCGUCCAUUUCCUGAGCCCCGAUGCCUUCAUGAGCUUCCCCUCCUCCCAGCUAUUGGUGAACUGUGACCUUUUCCCUAAACAGUUUUCCAUUGUUUCAACAUUUAAAGUAAAUCACAUCGCACCAAAGAGAAAUGAAUACAUCUUUUCAUUGCUGGAACCAAAGCACGGAGAGAAAAAUGCAGCGCAGGACAUGGAGGAUACUUUAAAAAAGGAUAAGAAGAUGAAUUUGUCUGGAGAAGAGCAGCAGAUGAAGAAAAAGCCCAACAGGAAACAUGAGGAACCGGGGCGAGUCAUCCUCGGCCUGAAGUUAUCCCAGAGCGGGCUGCAUUUCUUUUUUAAAGGCCGUCAAGAGGCUGUGGAGCGCGGGAUGUUUCGAGGCAUCUCACUGGAUGACAACCAGUGGCACACUCUUAUUUUAGUUGUGCAACAUCAUCACGUGAGGCUCACAGUGGACUGCAAAUCACCUCUGGAAAUCGUUCCCGCCAGGCCUUUCCCCUCAGACCUCAACAUCCAGGGAUCCAGAGUCCACGUCGGCAGUCGGGGCAGAUGGAAAGGCUUGUUUUCAGGUCUUCUUCGACAGCUGGUUCUCGUGCCAAACGUAGACACCGCAUACCAGAUGUGCCCCUCCUCUGACCCCCAGCUCGCAGCUCUGUCAGUCCCCCCGCUGCUCCUAGACCUGCCUGUCGGAACACAGCAGGACGACAGACGGACAACUUCCUCUGAAAGCAUGCAGCAAGUGUCAGUGGGUUUGGAGAGUUCAUGCUCCGAGCUGCUGCAGGGCCAGCUGUGGUUUGAUCCGCUCAAGAGGGGCCUCUACCUCUGCAACGGUUCAUCGUGGAUCACUGUGUUGGAGGAUCAUAAAAGGCUGGACUACGUGUUGGAACAUCAAGUCCUCUCCACCAGCUCAGAGACGCACGAUGUGGAGGUGUUUCAGAUUCCUGGUGUAGGUCUGAUGGCUGCUAUGGCUCACCGGUCCUCAGCCUCCGGCUCAGCUGUGUAUCUGUGGACCCAUUCAGGUUUCCAGCUCUACCAGAAUAUCAGCACAUAUGGAGCUCUGGCUUGGAGACAUUUCAGAAUGGGAAAAAGGAUGUUUCUUGUCGUGUCUAAUUCUGGGGCUGGUACAGACAAGCAGCUUAAUAAAGAGUCAGAGAUGGAUUUUUCUGUCAUUUACAAGUGGAGCAACAGAAGAAAACGAUUUGUGCAGUUCCAGAUGCUGCAGACCUAUUGUGCACGAGAUUGGGAGGCCUUUAGCAUCGGUCAACAUACGUAUCUAGCUGUGGCCAAUCAUAGACAGGGUAACAAUAAUCACACGAUAAACAGUGUGAUAUACAGAUGGAGCAGAUCGACAAAGUCUUUCGAGGUGCACCAGUUGCUGCUCACUUCAGGCGCCUACGACUGGGAGUUCUUCACAGUUGGACCGUAUCAUUUCCUGGUGGUUGCAAACGCUUUCGAUGGCGUGACCACUUCUGUGGACUCUGUCAUCUAUGUUUGGAUGGACGGAAGAUUUCAUGUGUUUCAGACGAUCAAGACAUUCUGUGCCACAGACUGGGAAAUGUUCCAGAUUGGCAGCAGAGUGUUUCUGGUUGUUGCCAACGGACACAGACUCGACGGUAACGGACCAAGUCAGUACACCAUUAACUCAACCGUCUACGAGCUGGACAUGAGUGGACGGAUGUUUGUCCGCUUCCAGGACAUCGUCACCCACAGCGCAGUGGAUUGGGAGUUCUUCAGCCUCGGGGAGGAAUAUUUUCUAGUUGUUGCUAACUCCUACAGCGGAGAAUCCUACUCUCUCAACAGCAUUCUUUACAGGUGGCAGGGAUAUGAAGGAUUUGUUCCUAUUCACUGGCUCCCAACAAUCGGGUGCAGUGACUGGGAGUUUUUCAGCUCUAAAGGAGAAUCAUAUUUAAUCUACUCAAGUGCCAAAGCACCUCUCACCAAAAUAUUCAAGCUAAAAACUUACUAG